AUGCCACGAUUCGAUUUACAACAAAAACAAAAGGACACACAAAUCCUGACGCAACUGGCCUCAGGUAUUACUCUUGAGUUUAUCAAGCUUCUCCUCGCCGGCGGCACCUCCGUCAUCGUCGGCGACCUCCACCUCCGCCCCGAGGCCGAGGAGGUCGCCGCCACAUACCCUCACCCCCCUCGAGACCGCCAAAAGGCAUCCUUUGUCUUCCACAGGACCGACGUGACAUCGUGGCCGGGGCUCUCCUCCCUCUGGGCCGCGGCGCUGGCCACCUUUCCGCAGGUCGACCUGGUCGUGCCGGGCGCGGGCAUCCUCGAGCCGACCUGGAGCUCGUUUUGGUUCCCGCCGGGCGCCGAGGGGUCGCCGUCCACCGACGACGCCGACGCCGAGCCCGGCACCUACGCCACCCUCGACGUCGACCUCGUGCACCCCAUCCGCCUGGCGCAGCUGGCGCUGGCGUACUGGACGGCCCGGAAAGUAAAAGGAAACCUGCUCUUUGUGGGCAGCGUCGCCGGCUACACGUCGACCGUCCACGUCCCCCUGUACCAUGCUGCCAAGGCCGGCAUCCACGGCUUUGUCAAGUCCAUCGCGCCGCUGCACGCACGGUUGGGUAUCCGCGUGGCUUGCAUUGCGCCGGGUCCUGUGCGGACGCCGAUCUGGAAUCCCAACGUGCUGAUAGCCAAGCGUGGCGAUGAGCAACCGACACUAACGCCAGAGUUUGUCGCCGAGUUGAUGCUGGACGUGUGCACCUCUGACCGGUACGGCGACGGCAAUAUUGUCGAGUGCAUCGAGGUCGGCACCAGCGACAAGCACAACCCUACGUUCCGCGAGGUCCCCUGUCAUCUACUCUACCCGUCCUUGGACCCGAGUGUCUCGCCGGCCAUGGAUGCGGAGGAGCAGCGCUUGUGGAAGAGGCUCGAGACGAGGGGCUUCGAGGCCUAG